AUGGCGUCGCACGACAGCCUUUUGGAAGAAGCCAUGCAGGAGCUGAGGGAGGCGGAGAGAGAGAUGCAGCAGCAGAUGAGGCUGAUGGACCUGCAUCUGCAGCAGCUCAGCGAGGAGCUCGCUGUGCCGCGUCAACGCAGCCCAGCCGCGCACCCCUGUCCCCUGUGCCAGUCUGACCCCAGCCCCCGGGAGGGAAGGGCCCUUGCUGCCAGGCUGGAGCAGAGGCUGGACAGCUGUCCUCUUGUUUGUCCUUCCAGCAUACAAAGUAGACUUAACAGGAUGUUGAACUCUUCCCACGACCACAAGCUUCUGGCUUUGGUGGAUGUGAAAGAUUUUGACCCCAAGAAAAUCACUGUGUCGGUGAAGGGUGGGAAGGUGAAGGUGCUAGCAGAGUGCGAGGAGGAGCACACCACCCCCAGAGGGAAGGAGUACAGCUACAAGAAAUUCACAAAGGAGAUCAGCCUGCCACCGGGGGUGAGGGAGGACCAGGUCACCUACUCCCUGGAGUCCAAUGGCACCGUGAAGAUCAAAAUGGCCUGCGAGUGCUGCCCCUGUGCCCUGAGCCACUGA